AUGGAUAGCCAAAACAUUGACACUGACACUGACCAUGAUGCUGUGGUUGUGGUUGCCACGGAAAAGGAUUCAGGCUCCACGACACCAGAAAUACCGCUCAACCCAUACACGGUCGAUGAGGAUUCGGAUCUGAAUCCUGCUUCGGACUCUUUCAAUCCAGAGAAAUGUGUUAAGACAAUGUUGCAGUUGGUUUCGAAGGACGAAUGCCCGGUACGUGUCACAGGUGUGGCUUUCAAACGCUUGAACGUGUCCGGCUCGAGUACCAUCACGAACACACAGGCUACCGUUAGCAGCAUUGUCUGGAGAUUGUUCGACCAGAUCAGAUCAUUGAUUAACAAAAGAAACCAUCGCGUUCACAUCUUACACAACCUUGAAGGAUUGGUCCGUCCUGGCGAGCUUCUCGUGGUUCUGGGACGACCUGGCUCAGGAUGCAGUACUUUCCUGAAAACAAUUUGCGGAGAAACACAUGGCAUCACUCUUGAUCCAAAUUCCGAGUUCAACUACCAUGGAAUCCCUUUCAAGGAUAUGCAUUCGCAAUUUCAAGGAGAAGUCGUCUACACCGCGGAGCAAGAUGUACAUUUCCCCCAGCUGUCGGUUGGCGUCACUCUGGAGUUCGCAGCUCUUGCGAGGACGCCCCGACACCCUCCUGGAAAUAUUGAUCGUCGGGCCUGGGCCAAGCACAUCCGGGAUAUCUACAUGGCAAUCUUCGGAAUUAGUCACACCGUCAACACCAAGGUCGGGAACGAAUACGUGCGCGGCGUCAGUGGUGGAGAGAGGAAGCGAGUGAGCAUUGCAGAAGCCGCUCUAGGUGGCUCGCCAUUUCAGUGCUGGGACAAUAGUACCCGCGGGUUGGAUAGCGCCAACGCAAUUGAGUUCUGCAAGACCCUCAGAAUGGCCUCCAGGUUGGUCGGGAUGACCGAGGCCGUUGCGAUCUACCAGGCACCCCAAACAGCAUACAAUCAAUUCGACAAGGUACUGGUUCUUUAUCAAGGCCGACAGAUAUUCUUUGGUCCUGCAGCUCGGGCCCGUCCUUAUUUCGUGAGAUUAGGGUUUCAUUCUCCCGAGCGCCAAACAACCCCGGAUUUUCUGACCUCCAUGACAAGUCCGACUGAACGCCGUGUCCGCCCAGGACUUGAGAAUCGAGUACCUCGCACCCCUGAUGAGUUUGCCCAGACUUGGAUGUUAAGUCCAGAGCGGACACAACUUCUCAAAGAGAUCGAUGAAUACAACAAUGAUCAUCCCCUUGGAGGACCCGAUUUUGAAAACUUCCGAAAAUCGAUACGCCUCCAGAAGGCCAAUUCCCAAUCAUCCAAGUCUCCAUUUAUUAUGUCCUACGCCCAGCAAGUCCGUCUUUGUCUAUGGAGAGGCUUCGAACGCGUCCGCGCAGAUCCCGAGCUGCAAAUUACCCAAAUUGUCGGACAAGCUCUCUCAAUGCUCAUAAUCAGUAGCCUUUAUUUCCAAUUGAAGCCGAAUACGGGCGCUUUCUUCUCUCGCGGGUCGCUGGUUUUCUUUGCCACUCUUACGAAUGCUUUCAGCAGCCAGCUAGAGAUGAUGUCCCUCUAUGCCCAGCGACCAAUUGUAGAGAAGCAUGCACGUUAUGCCCUCUAUCGCCCCUCCGCCGAAGCGCUCGCAUCAAUGUUGACGGGUCUGCCUUCUAAAUUUCUCAAUUCGAUCCUGUUCAACAUCAUCCUCUACUUCAUGACUGGCCUCAGAUUGACCCCGGGGGCUUUCUUCUUCUUUUUCUUGACAUCAUUUCUCACAAUGUUGGUCAUGUCAAGCAUGUUUCGAACGAUAGCUUCCGUCUCUCGCACACUGGAUGAGGCAAUAGCGCCGGGCACCAUCGCGACAAUAGGCCUAGUCAUCUACUCCGGGUUUCCUAUGCCUACAGCAUAUAUGCAUGGAUGGGCUCGUUGGAUCAACUGGGUUGACCCGAUCGCAUAUGGAUUUGAGGCUUCGAUGAUCAAUGAGUUUCAUGACCACAACUUUAACUGUUCAACCUUCAUCCCAACGGGGCCAGGAUAUAGCCAAAACUCUUCGAGCCGUGUUUGCUCAGCGGUGGGUUCGGUUGCUGGACAGACAUGGGUUAGUGGUGAUGCUUACCUGGAAUCCUCGUUCCAAUGCAGUCACUCCCACAAGUGGCGUAACAUCGGAGUUUUGAUCGCCUUCUGGAUUGUUUUUACUGCCAUUUACCUUGCGGCUACGGAUUUCAUCCCCGCCAAAAAGCCGAAGGGGAGGUUCUGUGAUAAUGAGGGUAUCACCUCCAAACGACUUCCGGAAAACCCUCCAGGUGGCCUCGAGGUCGGAAUUUUGCGGCAGACUGCGACAUUCCAAUGGCAAGAUGUCAGCUACGAGAUCAAAAUCAAAGGCAAGCCGCGCCUUAUUCUUGAUCGUGUUGACGGAUGGGUCCGUCCUGGUACAUUAACUGGUGAGAUUCGUAUCUAUGGCUCGACAUUCCAUAGUGACUCUUUUCUAACAAAAAUUCCCAUAGCGUUGGUGGGUGUAUCUGGGGCUGGGAAAACAACCCUCCUCGACGUUUUGGCUAGUAGAGUAACCAUGGGUGUCAUAUAUGGCACGGUGCUUGUCGACGGGAAGCAAAUAGAUGACUCUUUCCAGCGGAAGACAGGUUACGCUCAGCAACAGGAUCUACACCUGGAGACUUCCACCGUUAGAGAAGCUCUUAAUUUUAGUGCUCUUUUGCGACAGCCCGGCCGUUAUUCACGCUCCGAGAAGCUGGCCUACGUUGAUCAAGUCAUUGAACUAUUGGAAAUGGAAGACAUAGCAGAUGCCGUGGUAGGAGUUCCUGGAGAAGGAUUGAAUGUCGAGCAAAGAAAAAGGCUCACAAUAGGAGUGGAACUGGCUGCCAAACCGGAGCUACUGCUUUCCCUAGAUGAGCCGACCUCAGGCCUUGACUCCCAGACAUCGUGGUCAAUCCUGAAGCUACUACGAAGACUGAGAGACCAUGGACAGGCAAUUUUGUGCACGAUCCACCAGCCGUCCGCCAUGCUAUUCCAGCAGUUUGAUAGACUGCUCCUCCUUGCGGGGGGUGGUAAGACAAUAUAUUUUGGACCGGUCGGUCCGUCUGCAUCAACACUACUGGAGUACUUCGAGCGAAAUGGAGGUUACCAAUGCCCUGACGAUGCAAACCCCGCCGAGUAUAUGCUCGAGGUUAUCGGGGCUGCACCUGGCUCUCACACAGACAUUAACUGGCCCGAGGUCUGGAGGCAGUCGCCAGAAAGAGCUGCUGUGAAGGCUCAGCUCGAGGAAUGGAAGGAUGUUCUGUCAAACCAGGAACCUCCUUUGACACUGCAGGGAAAUACCUCAUACACUGAAUUUGCGGCAUCAUUUCCGUUUCAGCUAUUGCAAACGUUGGUACGAAUUUUCCAGCAAUACUGGAGAACGCCAGGUUACAUCUACGCUAAGAUCAGCCUCGUAGGCGGCUCGGGAAUCUUCAUCGGCUUUUCAUUUUACAAUGAAGCCAAUUCACAGCGUGGCCUGCAAAAUCAGAUGUUCAGCUUGUUCAUGCUUAUGGUCAAUUUUGGCAUGCUAGCUCAACAAGUGAUGCCCCAGUUUGUCACACAGCGUUCACUUUACGAGGCUCGUGAGCGGCCAUCCAAGAACGCAGAACCAACAGAAAGUGUCCAUCUGAGAGGCGCGCAGGCUUUCCUCCUCAUCAUAGAGUUACUAGCGUUUUCAAGUACUUUUGCACAUUUCGCUAUCUCAGCCAUCCCAAAUGCCGAGACUGCAGGGAAUAUAGCCAAUCUGUGCAUCAAUAUGAGCCUGCUGUUUUGCGGUGUCCUCGCAGGUCCCACGGUUUUCCCACAUUUCUGGUUCUGGAUGUACCGCAUCUCACCUUUCAAUUACCUGGUUUCAGGCUUAAUUGCUACCUCUGUGUCAGAUACCAAGGUCACCUGCUCGGAUGUGGAGUUUCUGCAUUUUGAGCCCGCAGCCAAUAUGACCUGUGGGGAAUACAUGGCAGAGUUCAUCCAGAAUGCUGGAGGGUAUGUGGAAAAUCCAUCGGCGACGAGUGCAUGUUCUUUCUGUCCGAUGUCAGACACGAACUCUUUUCUGCACACUGUUUCCGUUGAACCGUACCAAGUCUGGAGGGACUUCGGGAUACUUUUUGCGUACAUUAUGUUCAAUGUCUGUGCUGCCAUUUUGCUUUACUGGCUGUUCCGCGUGCGGAGCAAGUUGAAGAAAAGCAGCGAGGUGGUAAGCCAGCCUGUUACUCAGGAGAUCAGCCAGGUUGUCAAGAGCCACGAGAGCCCUGAGAACAAUAACUAUUCCGAGUAG